AAUUCGGGGCUCGGCCGGACGCGCCGGGAGCGCGGGGGCUGCGGCGGGCGGUUGAUGUCGCUCCGCUCCGGCAGCUGCCGUUGCCGCGGCGUCCCGCUCCGCCUAUGGCCUCCGUUUUGGACGACCCCGUCUUGAUCCGGCCGUUCCGAGGUCACAGCGCGGCGGUGACUGGUGUCGGCUUCAAUGCGGACGCCUCGGGGCUGGCUACCUCCUCUUUGGAUAGGUUUCUUAUGGUGUGGAAGCUGAAGACACCACGCAGAGCUUACAGAUUUGUAGGCCACACGGAAGCAGUGACCAGUGUACAGUUCUCACCAUAUGGGCAGCUACUUGCUUCAGCUUCUCAAGAUCGUACUGUCAGACUAUGGAUUCCUUGCAUUCAUGGAGAAUCAUCGGUACUGAAGGGUCAUACAGCAUCUGUUCGUAGCGUGAGCUUCUCGCAUGAUGGCCACUUUCUAGUUUCAGCAUCCAAUGAUAAAUCAAUGAAAAUAUGGAGUGUUCAGCAUCAGCGUCUUUUUUUUUCCCUAUUCCAACACACUCACUGGGUUCGCUGUGCCAAAUUUUCACCUGAUGGAAGACUAAUAGCAUCUUGCAGUGAGGAUAAAUCCGUUAAGAUAUGGGAUACCAGAAAUAAAACUUGUAUUGAAAGCUUCUUAGAUUCUGCAGGAUUUGCAAAUUUUGUGGAUUUCAACCCAAGUGGUACGUGUGUAGCUUCUGCAGGUUCCAAUCAUACAGUGAAACUGUGGGAUAUUCGAAUGAACAAACUACUGCAGCACUACAAAGUUCACAGAGCAGGGGUUAAUUGUGUAUCAUUCCAUCCUUCUGGUAACUAUCUCAUCACUGCAUCUACUGAUGGUACCCUUAAGAUUUUGGACCUCUUAGAAGGAAGACUUAUUUACACUCUUCAUGGACACAAGGGGCCUGUGCUUUCUGUGGCUUUUUCAAAAGGUGGUGAAAAAUUUGCCUCGGGUGGAGCAGAUGCUCAGGUAUUGCUAUGGAAAACCAACUUCGAUUCAUUUGAUUAUAAAGAAGUUAUUAAACACCAUAUUAGAAGAACCCAUAUUGAUGAUCCUCCUCAUCUUCUUGAUAUUUACCCGAGAUCACCUCAUCUCCAUGAUGAAAAACUUGAGUCAACCGAGGUGAGUUCAGUCAACCCUACCUUUGAUGUGACUAAUACACAAGUAUUUGACCUACCUGUCAUAGAGAUUAUGACAUCUUUCAGUGCUCUGGAUGGUGUCAGCAGUGAAGAUCUGCAGGAUCACCCUGCUUCAUUCUUGACAAGAAGUUCAAAAAGGAAGUCAGAGAGCGAAUCGAUGGUGCAUAAUGUGGACAGGCAAACGGGCAUCUCCCCCUCCAUGGCUAACGCUUUGGAGCACAUUGUGGAGCAACUGGAUGUUUUAACUCUGACUAUUUCAAUCCUGGAACAACGUCUGACUUUGACUGAAGAUAAAUUGAAAGAAUGCUUAGAAAAUCAGCAAAAAAUGUUACUUCAGGGAAGGCGGGAAGAAUAAAAGAUGAAAAUGAACUGUAUUGAUGAAUGUUUCAUAUAUUCACAAGGAAAUAAUAAAUGUUAUUUCAUCAGAUUUUGCUAUGAGCAAAAAAAAAAAGUCCUCCUUUGCUUAACAAGUCAAUGUAAUAAAAACUGAAGGAAAAAAGUAUACAACACAUUUUAAACAUUGGUAGCUACUAGAUAAUUCUGGUUAUAUAUCUAAUAAAGUGUAGCCCAGCCAAAACUAAUAUUUUCAAAAAAAUUCCCAUUAAACAUUACAGGACUCUUAUUUGAACGUAAGAAAGAUCUUUGAAUACAACUAAGCAACAAAUUACACAUUUUUAGAAUAAAGCAAAUAUGGAAGCGCACUAUGAAGGUUUUUUAACUCAGGCAGAGAUUGUAAAAUAGUGUUCUUUGUGCUAAGGCAACAUUACUCAAGCCCAUAUAUUAAAUAAGACCUAAUUAGCCCUAACCUCAAAAAUGCUAGAGGUUGCCUUUGUCCCUUACAUACUCUCAAAUAUUUUACCAAAAGGUAGCAACGAUUACUCUUUAUCUUCUAAACAUUUUAGUGAUGAUUGCAAGAAGGUGUAGUGUAAAAUCUUUCAGUUACAACUAUGAACUAUUUGAACCAAACACAAAAUUAUGCAAAAUCUAUAUAAUAAAUGCAAAAGAUUCUCAUCCUUCAAGGACUUCUACAGGUGCUCAAGCUUUGCAUGCUAUGAAUGUCCCCCAUGAGUUAAUGCAUUAUGAAUGAAGCCAUAAAUCAGGAAGGACUUUGCAAUGUAUUAUUUUGAUUUUAUUUUUUAAUAAAAAUGCAAAAGGAAAUUGUAGGUCUUGUUUUUUAAUAUAAAACAUCUCUGCUGCUUUAUUUAUCGCUGCUUUUUUUUUUUUUUAACAGCAAUUGCAAAAUACCUGUUGUAAAUCCACAAUCAAAACUAGGUAGUCAUCCAUUUCAGCAACUGAGAGAAAAAACCAUAGGGCACUUGAAAAGGAAGGGAGCACUUUAAUCCACUUCUGUAACUGACUGUAUAUAGAUAAAGCCCAUUUCCCAGGCUGAACCUCAUUAGUAUGAAUAGAGUUCAGUCUAAGUACAGAAGCUCAUGGUGUAAAUACUGUUGUGGUUUGAGCCUAAGCCCUAAGCAGUCAAAUUCUUUUUAACUCUUUGUUUUUUCUCAUAGUAAUCUCUUUCAGGUAGCCAGACAUCACCUCACUUGCUUGGUAAACUCUGAAUUUUACCAACAAGUAUUACAUAUUUUCAGCUCAGUCUUUAGUAGUACUGCUCUAGCAGAGAAGCAGUCUCUUCUUACAAAAAUGUGAGGUUCGGCUAUUUCUGUGCAAUGUCCUUGCUACAGAUUUUUUUGUGCAAGGAUGGUCUUACAUAUUCCAAUGUAAACAGCCUGACCUUUGAUUAUGCAAUUGUUAAUAAUGCUAUAUAACACAGUUAUGUAAAUACUUUUAGGUCUUUUAGGUCAGAUGCAUUUUGCUUUAUGCAUUUGCAUAUACUCUUCUGGUCUUUGCCUUUCUUGGCUCCAGUAGAAGACACAAAACCAUGUAGCUAUUAAAAUCCUGUGCUUAUUUCUUGUUUUCUCUGAGUGGACUAUAUAUAUGUGUGUGAAUAAAAGCUGUAGAUUUUUUUGUUGU